CCGCCCCGCCCCGCUAUGGCGACUCCGCUAGCCCCGCCGCCUGUUCGCCCUUCCCCGCCUCGCAGCCUCCGCUCCCCGAGCCAGGCAAGCAGCCCGCCUCCGCCCGGUCUCUCUCUCUCUCUCUCUCUAUAUAUAUAUAUAUAUAUCUCGCUCCCUCAUGGCCUCUGGCGCCCACCCCGCCAAGGAGGCGUCGGGCACCGCUCCGUCCCUCACAGCCGUUGCUUCCUUUCUGCGCAUGCUCGGGAAGGGAGCGGGGCCGCCGUGACGCGAGGGCCAAUGAGCGAGCGCGGAGCGGUUUCCGUGGAGACCGGCCGAAAGGAGGGCUGCCGUCAAGCGAGACCCGUCGCGGUAGAUGUCUUAGCCCUGCUUGAGCUCAACUUCCUUCCCACCACAGGCUCAAAACUAACUAAACAGCAGCUUAUCUUGGCAAGAGACAUCCUUGAAAUUGGGGCUCAGUGGAGUAUCCUGAAGAAGGACAUCCCAUCUUUUGAGAGAUACAUGGCCCAGCUCAAGUGCUACUAUUUUGAUUACAAAGAUGAGUUACCAGAGUCAGCCUACAAACACCAGCUGUUGGGUUUGAACCUUCUCUUCCUGCUGUCCCAGAAUCGCGUUGCUGAGUUCCACACGGAGCUCGAAAGGCUCCCAGCAAAGGAUAUCCAGACCAAUGUCUACAUCAAGCACCCUGUGUCUCUAGAGCAGUACCUGAUGGAAGGCAGUUACAACAAAGUGUUCCUUGCUAAAGGCAACAUCCCAGCGGAGAGCUACGCUUUCUUCAUUGACAUCUUACUGGACACUGUCAGAGACGAAAUUGCCAGCUGUAUUGAGAAGGCUUAUGAGAAGAUUCUGUUCAAUGAAGCCACUCGUAUGCUCUUCUUCACCCCCAAGAAGAUGACUGACUAUGCCAAGAAGAACUUGUUUUUUAUUUAUUUACUAGCUUGGAGACCCGGCGAUGCCCGGGUCAUUUGAGAAAGGCAUUGUUUGCCUGUGUUCCAAGUGUAGCCUAUAUCCAAUGUCAGCUGGGUUCAGUGAGUGCGGGUGAGCUCCAACUCCCAUAUGCAAGUCCCAUCGUCCAGUGUCCACCCCCCUCCAAACAGAGCCAGUAUGUAGAGUAGGUCAUGAGGGCUCCAUGUACCAUGUUUGGUCUUGAUCAGUCAUUUGUGCGGGUCGCGGUGCUCUCAGGAAGUGAGUGAAGGUAUUGGAAGUCCCAUCGUCCUCCAAACUGCACCUGGGUGUAGAGUGAGUCAUGGGUGUUGUUUGUUUGAAGUUUGGUCUUGAUGAGACAUUGAUGGGGUGACAGUGGUCUCGGGAAGUGAAUGAAUAUACUACAAGUCCCAUCAUCCAAGGUCCAAGCUCUUUCAAAUCUCACCAAGAUGUAGAGUGGGCCAUGGUGGCUCUAUGUGCCAAGUUUGGUCUUGAUCAGUCAUUGGUGGGGGUCACAGUAGUCCCAGGAAGUAAGUGAAGAUAGUGUAAGUCCCAUCAUCCACGGUCCCUCCUCCCCAAACUGCACCAGGAUGUAAAGUGGGCUACCCUGCACCUGCGUGUCAAGUUUGAUACAGUUUUGUCAUUCAUGGGCAUCACAGUGGUUUGUGGGAGGUGAAUUGGAUGAAUGUACUGCAAAUCCCAUAAUCCUUGGUCCACCCUCCGUCAAACUGCUGCAGCAUGUGAAGUGUGUCAUUUGGGAUAUGUGUGCCUGGUUUGGUUCAGUUCUGUGAUUUGUGGCAGUUGCUGUGGUCUCAAGAAGUGAGGGAAGGUACUGCAAAUUCCAUCAUCCUUGGUCCAUCCUGCCCCAAUAUACAUCAGGAUGUAAAGGGGUCCACAGGAGUUCUGUGUGCCAAGUUUGGUCCAUUUCUAUCAUUGGUGGGCAUUGCAGUAGUCUGUGGGAGUUAAAGUGUUUUAAAGUACUGCAAAUCCCAUCAUCUGUGGUCCAUCCUCCCCCAAAUGGCAGCAGGUCAUAAAGUGCAUCGUGGGGAUGAAGUGUGCCAAGUUUGGUGCAGAUCCGUCAUUCCUGUUGGUCUCAGUGGCCUGGGAUAGUGGCGGCCAAUCAAAUCGUGAGCACAUAUUCCGCCAGGCCAAUCAAAACGCUGAUACAUACUCCAAUUUCACUUUUAUUAUAUAUAUAGAUAUAGAUAAUCUUACCCAUUCAAUCCUGUCGGGAAUAAUUCUAUGCCAGGCCAUAGUGUGUAAGAAAAUACCAAGGCAAGAAAAUGAAAUGUAUGUACGGUUAUACUAUCAAUGAGUAGACCAGUAAAUAGAACAGAAAGGGAAAGAUACAAUUUUCCUUUCUGGCUGUGGUUUUAAAAGAUUGGAUUUUAUAGGUUACCUCUUAGAUCAGGCAUAGGGAAACUUUAGCCCUCCAGAUGUUUGGGCUUCGACUCUGAAUUGUGGCAGUUGAAGUCCACAACACCUGGAGGGACGCAGUUUGCCUAUGCCUGUCCUAAACAGUCGUAAUAAUUUUAAAGGGAACCAAUGGCAUCUGGAACAUUUCCUAUGACUCCUUUGAAUGCCUCCUGUGACCUGCUCCGAGACGGUUUUAUGUAGUACAAAGAUCCACAGCUGAACUUUUGGGGAUUACUUUCAAGGAGGCUGUGGCCAUCUCCCAAGUCCCCCACAUUUCCCCAAAGACUCCAAUAGUCAUCAAAUUGCCACAAUGCUGACAGUCACUUGCUCAUCCCAGAAAUCCUCUGCUUCCAGAAAGAAAAAGAAGAGCCCUUCACAUCAUAGGCAGCGGAGCGCAGGAAAUUAGCUGGCUGGCCUUAUUGUGUCCCUGAGGCUUCCGGUACAUUUGAUUUGGACGGUUUGGCGAAGCUGCCUCGGACCCCUUCGGAGGCAAUACGGUGCAGCGACGAUUGGCUAGUGAAUGAGGAGGUGAAGGUGAGGCUGGAUGCUGGCAAUAAAAAGAGACAGGGGAAAAAGGCAUUUUGAAAUACAUUCCAGAAAUCGCUGUCACGGUGGAGAAUAGGACUGACAAUGUAGAAAAGGAGAGCUAGAUAUGCCAUCAACAUCUGCAUGCAUACCUUGGGACAGACUCAGACUAUUAGAUAAUGGUAAAUGGUGAACAUACUAGCACAGUUGGUACUGAUAACAGGUUUGUUAUCUGGAUCUCUCCUGCUUGCAAUGCAAGAGAAAUGGCCAUAAGUCCCACAUCCUUCAAAUGUCUCAUUUUGGCAGAGACGGUCCCAAUUCAGGAAACUUAUGGAUCCAGAUGGAUUCCUAUCAUCUCUUAGGGAGUUUGCUAUCAGGCCGGCAAAUGAUCCUGUCAAAGCUCUGGUCGACCUCUGGAACAUGGAGAUGGCCAGGGUGAUGGAUACAAUCACCCCCAAAUGUCUUCUCUCGCUUAGCAGAGUCAACUCAGCUCCUUGGUUUACUGGGGAGCUAGUAGUGAUGAAGCGAGCAAAGUGGAGACUGGCGGAAGCCUCGGAGCGAAUCCAACCAAACACAGGCUAGAGCCUAACUUAGGGCCUACGUCAUGGCAAUAAGGACACCAGGAAGGCUUUCUCGGCUGGACCAGCUGAGUUGUUCCGAGUGGUCAGGGGACUCCUUCACCCAGGGGGAGGCUCCUGGUCACUCGGCGACUGAAUGUGGCAAGUUCACCCAUCAUUUUGCAGACAAAAUCGCUCGGACACAUUCCGAAUUUGACACUUGCUUUAUGGUAGUUCCAAUAGAUGUACCAGAGACAUCUCUCUGUCCUAUUUUGUUGGAUUCGUUUCAGCUACUUCGGCCUGAUGACAUGGACAAGAUCCUUGGAACUGUGAGAGUGGCCACAUGUCCUCCAGACCCUUGCCCCUCCUGGCUUAUCAAACUUGCCAAGUGGGGGAUUGCCCGAGUGGUUUACGAGGAUUAUUAGUGCCUCACUGGAACAGGGACAGUUACCAACUAGCCUGAAAAGAGCAAUUGUAAGACCAAUUCUUAAGAAAUCAUCCCUAGAUUCCUCAAUAUUCAAUAACUACUGGCCUAUUUUGAAUCUCCCUUUUCUGGGCAAGGUUCUGGAGCAUGUGGUGGCUUCCCGACUCCAAGGCUUCUUGGAAGACACUGACUAUCUUGAUCCUUUGCAGUCUGGUUUCAGGCCUGGGCACAGAACAGAGACCGCUUUAGUCGCCUUGGUGGAUGACCUCAGCUGAGGACUAGACGGGGAAUGUGUCCCCGCUAGUUCUCUUGGAUCUCUUGGCAGCUUUUGAUACCAUCGACCAUGGUAUCUUUCUGGGUUGGCUCUCCAGAAUGGGUCUUGGGAGCACCCCUCUGCAGAGCUCUGCUCCUUCCUGGAUGACCAUAUCCAGUGGGUGAUGCUGGGGGACAUGCUUGGACCCCUGGUCACUGACCUGUGGGGUCCCACAAGGUUCUAUUGUUUCUCUCAUGCUUUUUAACAUCUACAUGAAACCACUGGGUGAGGUCAUCUAGUUUUGGAGUUGGGUGCCAUCUCUAUGCAGAUGACACUCAACUCUACUAUUCUUUUCCACAUUCCAAGGAAGCUUCCUGGAUCACAGACCAGUGUCUGACAGCUGUGAUGGACUGGAUGAGGGCCAACAAGCUGAAGUUUAAUCCAGACAAGACAGAGGUCCUCCUGGUCAGUCGUGGGGCCGAUCAGAGUAUAGGAUGGCAACCUGCGCUCGACGGGGUCAUACUCCCUCUGAAGGCACAGGUCUGCAGUCUGGAGGUCUUCCUGGACUCAGAGCUGAAGCUAGAAGCUCAGAUGUUGGUGGUGGCCGGGAGGGCCUUUGCACAAUUAAAACGUGUGCGCCAGCUGUGACCGUACCUCGAAAAGCCUGACUUGGCCAAAGUGGUCCAUGCUUUAGUUACCUCUAGAAUGACUACUGCAAUGCACUCUACGUGGGGCUGCCUUUGAAGAUGGCUCGGAAACUGCAGUUAGUGCAAAGGUCGGUGGCCAGAUUACUAACUGAAGCUGGUUAGAGGAAGCACACCAUGCCCCUAUUAAAGCAGCUCCACUGACUGCUGAUGAGUUUCCAGACCCAAUUCAAAGUGCAGGUUAUUACCUAUAAACCCCUAUAUGCUUCGGGUCCAACCUAUCUUCGAGACCACAUCUCUUUCUAUGAACCAGCAUGGGCUUUGAGAUCUACCGGGGAGGCCCUCCUCUCGGUCCCACUUCUGUCUCAAGUAUGGUUGGUGGGGUUGAGAGAGAGGGCCUUCUUGGGCCUCCCCCUGGCUUUGGCAUGCCCUCCCGAGGGAGAUCAGGUUAGCCCCCAGCCUUCAAACCUGCCACACACAAUUAAAGACCUGGCUUUUCCGACAAGCCUUCGAUCAUGUUUAGACUCUUUAAUAAUACAUAUGAGGACCUUUAGAUUCUUUAUUUGCACUUUACAAUUUUGAGAUCGACUACUGCUGUUUUAUCUACAGCAAUUGCUGUAUUUUAUUGUUUCUACCAAGGGGGACUGUGAAUUUGUGAUGUUGUGUUGACUGUUUAUUAUCUAUAUUUUGUUGUGCACUUGUUGUAUUUUGUAUGUCACAUUUUGAGUGUUCUGUUCGACGCCCCAAGUUCCUUUGGGAGAUGGUGGCGGGAUAUAAAUAAAUUAUUAUUAUUAUUAA